AUGCAGAGCAGGCGCCUCGGGUGGCUCAGCAGGUGCCAGAUUGCUCCGGAAUCUCGCGCUGAGCCCGGCGGUGCCAAGGGUCCCGGCCCUUCGAAGGACGCCCGUAUGGAGUGUCGUUCUUACGAGCGUUAUCCACGCUCAUCCCCCAAGGCCAUUGGAACCAAUCCUGGCGCCGUCCGAAUGCAACGAGUUGUAAACUUCUACGAGAAGCUCCCUCGUGGAGCUGCUUCCGAAGUGAAGGCGACUGGCUUGCUAGGUAGAUAUCAGGCCAAGCACUUCGGGAAGAAUGCCUCCGCUAAGCCCAUAAUCCACGCCGUUGUAUUCCUUGUGGCUAUCGGCUACGCUCAAAACUACUACUACCAUCUCCGCCAUCACAAGAACAAUGCCCACUAA